UGGUGAAUGACCAAAAAGCAAACGAAAUAAUAGAGAUCUCAUAAGAUCAUGAGCAACGAAAAGCAUGAACAAUGCAAACCACCUUCUUCUCCUCCUAAUUCUCUUUGUUCUAACCCUUAUUUCCCAAGGCCAUGCACAGCACCACUGGGGCAAAGAGAAGGUCACAAACCUCCACUUCUACUACCAAGAAAAACUCACCGGAGACAACGCUACUAUAGUUCUGUCUGGCAGGCCUAAUGACAACGCCUCUGCUAAUUUUUUAACAUUUGGAGCAGUGUCUGUCAUUGAUGCACACCUCACUGAAGGAGAAGACCCAAACUCACCGCUUAUAGGACAUGCACAAGGACUUUCAGUGUCUGCAGGGCAGGAGCAGCUCAUGCUUGUCUUUGUAGCGGACUUUGGGUUCACUGCCGGUGAGUUCAAUGGUAGUUCUAUCAGUAUAUUAUCAAGAAACCCUUUAUUGGAAACAGAUAGAGAACUUGCUGUUGUUGGUGGCCGUGGAAUGUUUAGGAUGGCUCGUGGGUUUGCUUUUCUACAUGCAGUGAAUGUAACUGCUGAUAUUACUAAAAUUGAGUAUAAUGUUACUGUGUUUCAUUAUGAGUAAAUAUUAAUCAUGAGUGUGAUGAUCAUGAUGUAUACCUACCUAUAAAUAAGUUUCAUGAUGAUGUAUUUCUUGUUACCUUGAAUAAUUUCAAUGCUUUUAAGCUAGAUGAUGAUAUGUUGCUUGUUACCUUGAAUAAAUUCAAUGCUUUAAUGUCAUUUGUCUUUCAUUAUGAUCAA